ACCAAGUCUGGGAGCAUGUGGGGCUGACAUGUGCAGCUGACAUUUAGGGUCCUCAGAACCGGCUCCUCAGCGUGUUUGCGACGUGCGUGUGAUCUGCCGAUUUGAAACUCUGAAUGCCGAGGGUGGGGCAGGAGAAGCUUCCCGAUGGACCCAGGCCCGGUUUCUUGGAUUUCAGAGCACGGGAACGGUUGUGAAGAUGAGGAAAGAAGUGAAGAGAAUCCGAGUUUUGGUUAUCCGAAAACUUGUCAGGAGUGUUGGCAAACUGAAGUCAAAAAAAGGUACAGAAGAUGCGGUGUUAAAAAACCAAAGACGGGCACAACGAUUACUUGAGGAAAUUCGUGCCAUGAAGGAGUUGAAACCUGAUGUAGUAACUAAAUCCGCUCUUGGCGAUGACAUAAACUUUGAAAAAAUCUGCAAACAGCCAGAUUCUACUGCGACUGAAAGAGCAAUUGCCAGGCUGGCAGUACACCCUCUUCUGAAGAAAAAAAUAGAUAUGCUAAAAGCUGCUGUCAAAGCUUUUAAAGAUGCACGACAAAAUGUUGCUGAGGUUAAAUCAUCAGAUGCUUCAGAAGAAAAUCAUUCUGAAGACGCUUUGUAUUCAAAUGAUGAUGAAAAGAAGUUGCAGCAUGAAGGAACUAUUUCCCGUGAGCAGAAAGUGAAAGAAGUCAAAAUAUUGGCAAAGAAACCAAUAAAUAACGCAAAAGAAAAAAGGGGCAAGAUGGAGCAUGGACCCGAAGCAGUGACCAUUCCAAAUUCUCCUUCAAAACCUUCUGAAAAGGAUUCUGUAGUUUCAUCUCUAUCCCAGAAGACACCUGCUGACCCCAAAAUGGAAACUUUAAGUCAAACCAAAAAAAAGGCAGGCUCCAGUAGCUCAGUUGGUGAUAACAGUGAUGGCGAAGAAUUACAUGAGGAAGACAAGGAGUAUUUUGAUGAUAGCACAGAAGAAAGAUUUUACAAACAGUCUUCCGUGUCUGAGGAUAGUGAUAGCGAUGAUGACUUCUUCAUUGGGAAAGUCAGACGGACACGAAAGAAGGAGAGUAGCUGCCAUUCUUCAGUUGAGGAACAAAAAAAACCAAAAAAACUGUUACCUGAAGAAGAAAUACUUAAAACUCACUGGGAUAUGAAAGAGGACAAAAACAAGCCAAAUACAGAAUCCAGGAAGCUUGAAUCAGUGUUUUUUCACUCGUUAUCUGGAUCUAAAAGCUUCAGAAGAAAUUCCAAAGAACAGGCUCCGAAAAGCAAAACCCCAGGUUUUCAGCAAAAUGAACCUCAGAUUAAGAAUCAAUUCAAUAAGAGUAAACAAAGAAGACCUGACAAUACAAAACAGCAGUUACGGCUGCAGCUGCCUCUUCAUCCUUCGUGGGAAGCAAGCAGGAGGCAAAAAGAACAGCAAUCUAAAAUUGCUGUGUUUCAAGGGAAAAAAAUUAUAUUUGAUGAUUGAUAAAUGCCUCUUCUUGUGAACUUUUUUAUCUAAAAAAUAUUUCUUUAACCUAUUAUUUAUGCUUGUGAUUGAAUUAGUCUCCUAUGAGUGAGUUAUGGAAAUAAGUUUGUUUUUCUUUUUUAAGUGUGUUCAAGUUUGCAUAACCUUUUCACAAAUCAAAUACAUAACUAAAGUUGUAUUUUUCAUAGUAUGUCCCAGGCUAUUUCCUCUAUAAAAGAAUUUGGGAAUCAUACCUGUUAUCUCAGAUUUUACCAUUUGUGCUUAUCAUGAAGAAUAUUCAGUGGUUCCCCACCAUGGUUUUUGCCUCGAGAAUAAAUAUUGAGAUAUAUUUAAAACAAUAAUGGAAAACUGUGAGGAAAUUGUAGCUAUUUAAUAUAGUCAGUACACCUUUGCUAAAAUUAUUCUUACUAGCAAAAACUAGAAUAAUAACUUUUAUUAGGCUUAUACAGAUAAUAAAUUAUACAAAUAAAAUAUUUUUUUAAACUUUAAACUGUACUUUUUCAUCAUAUUGUUAAUUACUUUUCAGUACUUUUUGAUUACUAUAGUUUCCCAGGACAAUGUUAGAUUUCACAUGUAUUUCAGUUAUUUAGGGGAAAUUUUUUAAAUAUAACAAUACAACCAAAAAUCUGUUGUAUUUCUCACUGUGUAUACAUAUUUCCAUUAAACCAGGAAUGUAUAACAUC